GAAGUCAUACAGAAAAUGUUUAAAUCCUUGUUUGGACGAUUUCAAAUCAGACGAAGGGCUGAGAAACCUUCGUCUCCUGGAGACCUUGGUCCUCCCACCACCGGGGUAGACCACGAGCACGGGGCUGAGAAACCUUCGUCUCCUGGAGACCUUGGUCCUCCCACUACCAGGGAAGACGACGAGCACUGGGCUGAGAAACCUUCGUCUCCUGGAGAACUUGGUCCUCCCACCGCCAGGGAAGACGACGAGCGUGGGUAUGGAGAUGACGAGCCCUGCACCAGCAGUAAGUACCGCGGAGCAAGGAGUGUGAGCUCUUCGUCCAGCGAUGACGAGCCCUGCACCAGCAGGAAAUACCUCAGACCAAGGAAUGAGAGUCCUUCGUCCAGCAAGGACGAGCCCUGCACCAGCAGGAAAUACUCCAGACCAAGGAAUGAGAGUCCUUCGUCCAGCGAUGCCGAGCCCUGCACCAGCAGGAAGUACCGCGGAGCAAGGAGUGUGAGCUCUUCGUCCAGCGAUGACGAGCCCUGCACCAGCAGGAAAUACCUCAGACCAAGGAAUGAGAGUCCUUCGUCCAGCAAGGACGAGCCCUGCACCAGCAGGAAAUACUCCGGACCAAAGACUAAGAGUCCUUCGUCCAGCAAGGACGAGCCCUGCACCAGCAGGAAGUACCACAGACCUAGGAGUGAGAGCUCUUCCUCCAGUGAGGACGAGUCCUGCAACAGUAGAAAACACCCUAGACCAAGGAGUGAGAGCCCUUCAUCUGGUGAGGACGAGCCCUGGACCAGCAGGAAGUUACGCAGACCAAGGAGUGAGAGCUCUUCCUCCAAUGACAAGCCUUUCGUCUAUACUUUUCCUAUAGAGAAGACAGAGAAAGAAAUGGUACAAGAAUUACUGGAGCACUGGAUUAAACGACAUGCGGAGUUGAGAAAACAAUAUGAGCUGAUGAAGCGACAGGAGAAAUUGGAGAAGUUGCUGAAGAAAGGGAAGAAAAAAAAAUUCACAAUUUAUCUCUUCAAGGUGCCUGAGGAAGUGAAGGAAGAGAGGUGGAGGAAAAAAAUGGAGAUGGACAAGAAAUAUUUACUUAGAUGUGAUGUAAGAAUUGCGAAGUCCAUGAUUAAAAAAGGGGAAAAGAAGUUGAAGUACAUGCAGGAGAGGGAGGUGAGAAAAGAGAAGGAGGCUAGAGAAGCACUCAAAAAGCAGAAUAGGCUGACAGAAAAAUUGAAAGUAAAAAUUGAGAAAUUUUGGGAAAAAAGAAGAAAGCAGAAAGUAGAGGAAAAAAAACGGAGUGACGAAGAAAAUGCAAAGAAGCAGAUGGAAGAAAGACUGAAGUUAUAUAAGAAGAACAUGGAAAGAGAGGAGAAAGAUUUGGAGAAAAGAAGACAGAAGAAACUGAAGAGGUGGAAAAAAAUAACAGAGGAUUGGGAGAAAUGGUGUGCGAAGAAUGAGAAGGUAAAGAAAAAAGUUUAUGAGCAGAGCAGGAAAGAAAUGCUGGAGAUGAAAGAGAGGAUGAAACAAUCACAGGGGAGGGAAGAGAGCAUCAAACCACCACAGGGGAGCAUCUCCUCCUUUCUAAAAAAAUACUUGGGCAUAGGAUUGAAGAAGAUAGGACUGAUGAGAGGAUACUCAUAAAAAUUAGAAAAGUUAAAUAUCUAAAAAAAAUACAUAUAGAAUAGAAAAGUUUAAUAUUUAAAAUCAUUACAUAUAAAAAAUAGAAGUUAAAUAUCUAAAAAAAAUAUCAAAAUAGAAAAGUUAGAGAUCUAAAAAACUACAUAAAUUAUAGAAAUGUUAAAUGUAAGUUAAAUAUCUAAAAAAAAAAAAACAUUAAAAAAGUACAGCGGUCCUGUCUCCGCCCCUUCUGUGUCUAGCAUGCUACCUAGCGGACCCUCCUUUCCUGUUCCCCACCCCUUAACGUAACCAAGACCACAAACCUCAGGCCUGCUAGCAACCAGUCUACUAGCUCUCAGCCUUUCCCCCGGACCACUAACAUGCUACCUGCCUGUCCCGCCAUCACUGAGCCUGAUCCCCAGUCGGUCUUGCCUGCUCGCUGCAGCAUGACAUGCAGACAGGAAAGGAAAACCACCACAGAAAUAGCUGUUAUUACAAGAUAGCAGAGCCAGAGGGUUUUUGGUGUUUCAGGAAGGAAUUUGGUGGGUACGACCGACUGGGGAUCAGGCUGAGUGGUGGCGGGACAGGCAGGUAGCAUGUUAGUGGUCCGGGGGAAAGGCUGGAAGCUAGUAGACUGGUUGCUAGCAGGCCUGAGGUUUGUGGUUUUGGUUAAAUAUCUAAAAGAAAUGCAUAUAAAAAAAUAGAAGUUAAAUACAUAAAAAAUAGAUAAGUUAAAUACAUAAAAAUAGAAAAGUUAAAUAUCUAAAAAAUACAUUAAAAAAUAGAAAAUUACAUUUUUUUUAAAACAUACAUUAAAAAAUGUACAGGCAUCCUGUCUCUGUAGCUGCCCCUUCUCCGUGGCUUUGCCCUGGAUCACAAACCUCCAUGACAUGGUGCCGCGAGCAGGCACAACCGACGGGAUCAGGCUUAGUGUCAGUGGGACAGGCAGGUUGGUGGUCUGGGGUAAAAGCCAUUGAGGGGCUAGCCAUGUUUGACUUUGAAAGCUUCAUCAACUGCCGGUUAGAUCAGGUUAGGUUUAGUAAGGUUUCUGCCACGAGGUCUCAUCUCCCAGGUCAUCUUCUAGAGCGGUCCUGUCUCCGUAGCUGCCCCUUCUCCGUGGCUUUGCCCCAGACCACUAAAAGCCCACCUGCAUGUCCUGAUGCAGCUAGCUUGCUACCUGCCUGUCCCACUGACACUCAGCCCAAUCCCCAGGCAGUAGUGCCCUGCUAUCCUGUCAGCAACAGCUGUCUCAAUGUUCGUUUUUCCUAGCCAUCUUCCAAAAGAAUCCCAUCUCUAUAGCGGACCCUCCUUUCCUGUUCCCCACCCCUUAACCUAACCAAGACCACAAACCUCAGGUCUGCUAGCAACCAGUCUACCUGCUUCCAGCCUCCCCCCCCUGACCAAUAAAAUGCUACCUGCCUGUCCCGCCAUCACUCAGCCUGAUCCCCAGUUGGUCGUGCCCACUUGCCGCACAAUGACAUGCAGGUUUGUGGUCCAGGGCAAAGCCAUGGAGAAGGGGCAGCUAUGGAGACAGGAAACAAAAAUCACCACAGAGAUAGCAGUGAUUACAAGAUAGCAGAGCAAGAGGGUUUUUGGUGUUUUAGCAAGGAAUUUGGUGGGUACGACCGACUGGGGAUCAGGCUGAGUGGUGGCGGGACAGGCAGGUAGCAUGUUAGUGGUCCGGGGGAACGGCUGGAAGCUAGUAGACUGGUUGCUAGCAGGCCUGAGGUUUGUGGUUAAAUGGUUAAAUAUCUAAAUUAAAAUACAUCUAAAAAAUCGAAAAGUUAGAUAUCUAAAAAAAAGUACAUUUAAAAAAUCGACAAGUUCAAUAUCUAAAAAAAAUAUACAUAUGAAAUAUAGAAAAGUUUAAUAUAUAAAUAAAUAAAAAAAAUAAAUUUUAAAAAAGCAAAGGGGUCCCGUCUCAGUAGCUGCCCCUUCUCUGUGGCUUUGCCCCGGACCACUAAUUCGCCUGUUACCUGCACCUGCCUGAUAUACCUGUAUGUCCUGAUGCGGCUAGCAUGCUACCUGCCUUUCCAGCCACCACUCAGCCUGAUCCCCAGUUGGUCGUGCCCGCUCUCCGCACAAUGACAUGCAGGUUUGUGAUCCAGGGCAAAGCCAUGGAGAUGGGGAAGCUACUGAGACAGGAAAGGUUAAGGGUUGGGUAACAGGAAAGGAGGGUUCGCUAUGUGAUGGGACUGCUCGAGAAGUCAGCCAGGGAGAAGGGGCAGCUAUGGGACUCUUUUGGAGGACGGCCAGGAAAAACGAACAUGGAGACUUCUGUUGCUUACAGGUUAACAGAGCCAGAGGCUGGCAGUAUUGGUCAAAUUUUUUUGGGGGGUUUCAGGAAGGAAAUCGCCGGGCACUACUGACUGGGAAUGAAGCUGAGUGUCAGUGGGACAGGCAGGUAGAAUGCUAGCCGCAUCAGGACAUGUAGGUGGCGUGUUAAUGGUCGGAGGGAAAGGCUGGAAGCUAGUAGAUCAUUUUUUUUAGCAUGCCUGAGGUUUGUUGUCUGGGUUAGGUUAAGGGUUGAGGAACAGGAAAGGAGGGUCCCCUAUGGAGAUGGGACUCUUUUGGUAGAAGGCGAGGCAAACAAACACAGAGACAGAUGUUGCUUACAGUGGAAUUUGGUGGGUACGACCAACUGUGGAUCAGGCUGAGUGUAGGCAGAACAGGCAGGUAGCGCGCUAUUUGGCUGAGGACAUGCAGGUGGGGUGUUAGUGAUCGGGGGGAAAGGCUGGAAGUGAGUAGACUGGUCCCUUGUCUGUCAUGCCGCUAGCCACAUCAGAACAUGCAGGUGAAACAGGCAGGUGCAGGUAACAGGCGUGUUAGUGGUCUGGGGCAAAGCCACGGAGAAGGGGCAGCUACGGAGACAGGACCCUUUUGGAAGACGACCUGGGAGAUGAGACCCUAUGCAGGACAGCCAAUGAGAUGGGACUGCCAAAGAUAGAGCUCCCCACUGGAAAUGACCUGGGGACUAGACCCCUUAGAAUGACCUGGGAGAUGAGACCUGCUGCAGAAACCUUACCAAACCUAACCGAUCUAUCAUGGGAAAGCGGCCACCAAACCAAACCACCAACAAACCACCUGCAUGUCCUGAUGCGGCCAUAGACUGUAUAUAAAUAAUGGACGUAGUCACCGUGACGUCACCCAUUGGUUUGUGGACUGCCCGUUGGAAGCCUCGAGUUCAGCGUUACACUCGUCGCCAUCUUGCGUUGCCAUCAUGUUUCCGAUACGCGGAGCAGAUCAUAAUUGGACUGUGGAGGAGCGCGAGGGAUCUGACGACACUGACUACAUGCAUCUCUACACCGGCAACCCGACUGAGAGAAGCCGCUGCUAAUUCAUGUUAGCAUUAACUGGGAUGUUAGUUUUGGCUAGCAAACAAAAACAAAAUGUAUCUUUCUUACCUCAGAAAACUGAGCAGCGACUCCUUGGAGUGUCUGUUAGUCCAACCAAACGCUGAACAAGACAUUUUACUGAACAAAACGUUCAAAUAAACUGUCAUUAAGUGAAAAUAUAGUGUGAAAGGGUCAAAGUUAUGAGACCAAACCGCUAAACGUCCUUCUAUCUAUAUAACGUUAUAUAUAACUUUAUUGACACGUUGCCGUGGAUACGCAUUGCUCUGCUUCUCUCUUGGUGACGGCUCGCCUUGUCAGUGACCUGUCAAUCAAAGCUAGAAACGCCCCAAAUCAUACGAUUCUUUAUCUUCUAUUUUCUUCUAAAUGGGGCCAUUAUUAGAACUAUUGACAUCAAAUUGUCUUGAAGAAGAUUUUUUACUAGCGAUUGAGACCAUAAUGUUGUCCCUGAAAAUUUUUUCUGAGGUAAUAAAUCAAGUGAGAAGUUUUGAAAUUUAUCGGUGAAUUGCAGGCUUUAUGCACUUCCUGGUGGCUUCCAUGCUCAGGCACGGAGAUUGCCGCCUGGAUGCGGCUAGCAUGCUACCUGCCUGUCCCGCCACCACUCAGCCUGAUCUCCAGUUGGUCGUGCCCGCUCACCGCACAAUAACAUGCAGGUUUUUGGUCCAGGGCAAAGCCAGAGAGGAGAUAGCCGCAUCAGGACAUGCAGGUGGACUGUGGGAGGAAGCCGGAGUAAACGGUACCCACAAUUAAAAUCAUGUACCGUUGUACCAUGUACCGGAGCAUGUAAAAUGUCUAGCCAGUCACCCUUUUCACUGUUUGUCGAGCAUUCCCCUUUUUCAGCGGUUGAGAUCAUCCAUCCUUGAGCCCAUGCCGCUCUCACAAUCAUAUAAAAAAACAACAAACAAACCAAACAUUACCUCCUUAUCGGAGCUAAAAAGUUAGUUGGAUUUUCACCUAACCAUCGAUGUGGUUGGACGAAAGAUUGUUCGAGCUUGAAAUUGCAAAGCAUCUUGAUUCAACCUGAGAAAGACUAGCCCCCUGUUUUGGUUUUUUUUAAAGACCUAAUAGCCUUUUAGUAUAUGUUUGAACAGAUUAAAUGUUUUUGACAUUUCUACAUUGAAACUUUUUUUUCUCAACUGUGACUCAUGUGUGUCCUUUUGAGUCUGGCAAACAAGUGAAGCAGAAUUAGGCUGAUGUUAGGCCGAGCCCUCGAUACUCAUGUUUAUGAUACAUAAUAAAACUGGCUUGGUGCAAAGUA